AAUUCCACUUCUAAUUGUUCAGGAUAGUUGAAAGUGUCAUCUUCAACAGCAUCCGGAAAAACAUAAUACAAUAGUGCCAUCAAUAAAUCAUCAGGUAUUGGCCCUUUGAACUCUGUGACAUUGCUGCCUUGACCAAUAGCAGCUUUCACUAAUUUUGAGAUUGUUAUAGGAGCUUCAGUUAUUCUGUUCAAUGGAUUCACUAGACCCAGGCUCCUGCUUAAACCAAGUGAGUCCAUAAUAAGAGCAUUGUUUUGUAACAAAUCCAUCACUUUGCUUAUGGUCUCUGAUAAUUGGCAAACUAUAUUAUCUCUCAAUUUUAAAGUAACUUUCCAAACAGGAGCCAUUAUAGGGUCAAUAUCAGAAAAAGUUGACGAGUCCACUAUAGUACUCUCUCGAAACCUGGGCCAAAUUGCAUUGAGAAGUAUACUUGCCACAGGAUUUCUUUCAGAACCAAAAGGCAAUUCAAUUAGUUUUUUGACAUCAAAACCAUCUAUAGACAAAAAUUCAUUGGAAUGUGUGAGUUUUCUCCAAGCAAAAGCUUCAGAAUCUUUCAGCUCAUAAGAAAAUUUUGCAGAUACCAUUACGGCAUCCAGAGCGACAGGCGAGGAUAUCUUUGAUUUAAAUAAACUGACAAGUCCAGUCAGAUGAGAACAUUGAUUUGAUAUUCUUUUCAGAUGUAUUGUGUCAAAGCUAGUUUUAUAUUCAUUAUCUUCAUAAAAUCCCUGAUAAUUAUGUUGCCAAUGUUCUCUGAUCUUGACAAAGAUGGGAACAGCACAGUCCACAUUUGCAAAUGCAAUAUUAACUGAACUCAUCACCAUUUUUAUAAUACUCCCAUCAACGAGUGGAACAUCAGGGCAUAACAUUAUAUAUCGCUUCAGUCCAAACCAACUUGAAACAGGAAAGGGACUGCCAUCAUCUUCAUCCAUAAAAUAUGAUGUGGCAUCCCAAAUACCAUUCUGCAACUCUUGGAAUAUUGAUCUUUCACCAGAUUCUUCUGUACUAACUUGUUUAUCUACAUUAAUUGCGUUUUCUGCAGUAUGAUAAAAUAAUCUAAAAUUUAUUCCAUGAAAUUUCAAUUCUUCGGAUUUACUAGUCCAUUUUUUUUGGAAUGUUGAUGUUGGAUAUCUCGUUAAUUUACUCUUUGAAAGACGCCAUUCAUUUAAUAUUUCUUCUAUUCUUGCAAUAAAUACUUCCCAUUCUGAAACUGUAGUAAAAUCCUGAUGGUAAAUAUCAUAUUCAUCAAUUUCUUCAUUCAUUUUGUUUUGCUAUUAAAAAUAAUCACAAAGAAAGAAACAGCUGAUUUGGAUUUCCCUACCUCCCCUCCACAGAGUAAUCAUUUCACUAUUUCACAGACGAAGAGAAACGUUUCCUUUUUUUUUUGUUGAAGUUCUCCCGUUUUAAGGAAGGCAAAGGGAACAAUGCCCAUACAGCCUGGUCUUAAAUUAAAUUAAUCUUCUUUUUGUUUUUACAUUAGAAUGUCGGUGUGACGCAUUCUAAUGUUUCUCGGAGUGUUUGGCACGAAAUGUAUCAAGUUGGCUUUUUCGAUACGCUUCUGUGAGGAAGUCAACACUACAAUAAAGAAGUUUCACUUCAAUAAAAUUCUCACGUCCACUUUACCGGAAUUGCGUAUAUUUUAACGAUUCCACUAAUUCUUCAGUUACGCAGACGGUUGUUACACAAAACCACACCAAUUUUAUUUCACAAUAUCCACUAUGAACGAAUUUAAGAAUAAUUAAAAUAAGACGCCAAACGCACUCGAUGUAAUCCCGCCCAAAAACCCGUUUUCUUUUUUUUAGUUUUAUUCUUCCCUAUUGAGAAAGGCAAAGGCAAAAAUUGCAGCCAUUGUCAUACAAUAAAAUUCUUAUGUUCGCUGACUGGAAUAAAGUAUAUUUAAAGAUUCCACUAAUUCUUCAGUUUCACAGACGGUUGUUACCAUGUUGUAAAACAAAAUCAAACAGCUUUUAUUUCACAAUAUCAACUUUGAACGAAUAAAAGAUUAAUUAAAAUAUGAUACUAACCGCACUCGAGAAAUUUGCGCUAAAAAACACGAAGUAGUCAUGUCAGAGUACCAAGACAUCAUAGAAAACGAGUCCACGACCCAUAUUCUAAUGCCGGCACUUCAUAUGACGACUACAGUCUCUCCUUUUUACUCAUUAAAGAGUAUGAUUAAAGACAAUCUGCUGUCAUAAUGAAAAAUACCAGUAGCUACAGUUUGUCUAUAAAGUUGUGACAUUAAAUGAUGGCGCCACUAGUAUGCAUGUAGCAACCCUAUACAGUCGGACCAAAAUGAUUUUGAUACUAGCAGUUCAUUCAAGUAAAAUAGGUCAUUAAUAAGACACACUAUACAGUCGUAUUUUGUUUCUGUUUUAUAUAUAGUAGGUACCUAUGCUUAUAAAAAGUUUAGCCAAGCAUAUUUAAUUGAAUCAGAAUAAAAUUAUUAUAGAUAAAAUAGUACUUUAUAGUGUAAAAGUGUGUAAUGUUGGUGAUUACCGCUGAGGUGCCAUUGAGACCAGAGCCGUUAGGUAAUCAUCAGUACACAAAAGAUUCAUCAUACGACGUUUUUUAACACACUUGUUAAGAAAAUAAUAUUAAAAAUCAUUUUAUAGUAUAUAAGAAGUAUAUUUAGAGAAACAAUUUGUAAAUGUGCAGUUAGUAAAAAUAGUGAUAGGUAUCUUCACUAAAAGCAUCUGGCCAUGGUUCUUUGUGUGACCAUUUCUUUCUUUGGCCGGCCUUGACUGUUUUCCCAGGAGUUUCAAACUUUCUAUCAUUCUUAAAACCUUCGUUGACUAUACGACUCUCUGAUUUUCCUGAAAAAAAAGUAAAAAAAUAUGUAACGGAAUAGAAACAAUAACUUAUUGACAUGAAGCAAUUAAUUCAAAAUUGGUAGAAAACCUGACCGAGUUGAACCAUAAUAACGUAUCAAAAGAAAUGGUCGUACUACAAUAUUACCUAUUUACAAUGUCAAUCUAACCUAAAAAUAUGCAAUGUAAACAAUGCCGUUUUUGGUCUCAAAAUCGUAAAUUGAGUAAAUUUGUAACUUCAGGCAGAUUACAAACAAAUAGUUACACGAUUACAUACCCGUCAUAGAUGCUGUUCACCCAUAAACAUCAUCCAAACGCCACAAAAAUCGUCCAGCUUGGUAGUCUUCGAAACAUCGCUGGAAAACUUUAAAAAUCACUUCCCGCGUGCCACUUUGAUUUACUUUACUCAUUUUUAUACCUUUCUGCGUAGUUUCGUCUUAAUUUAUUACAGUUUAAUCCAAACAAUAAAAAAUACAAAAGGAAAACUGUUCCACAACUGAAACUCGAUGACAGCUGAUGUACAUAAGUUUGGUGUUGCCAGACACAUGAAUAAUGUUAGUUCCUCAAACAUUAAUGUCACGACUUUAUAGACAAACUGUAUGUGAAGUGCCGACAUAAGCCACGAUCGAUUUGACCAUAUAGGUAUAAGAAUAGAGUAGGGGAGAUAAUGUACGCUACUACAAAUGGAAGUGUCCGUCUAAUAGAAAGAGAAAGAAGAUGAGAGACGGCUAGCUAUCUCUCUCUCUCUUGUGACGCUGCGCAGCCAUGUGAUUGGUCGGUAUUCAUCCGUAGGUUUUUCAUUCAAUGCUCAUUCGCAAUUUGAGAGAGAAAGGCUAGCCGUCUCUCAUCUUCUUUCUCUUUCUACUAGACGGACACUUUUAGAGCCGCCUUCCCCACUCUAUUCUUUCUUGUACCUCUAUGCAAAGAACUGGACAUGACUGGGAUCUUGGGACAGUCAGUCUGUGGACUUUGAAGGUUCCAGUUACCAUAGCAACGCCAACACAAACAAAUCUGAGCUAUUUCUAACUUUUCUCUUUAUUAUCACUGAGCAAGUAAUGUUUAUUUUUGCUUAAGGGAUUUCGCCGUUCUGAGUUUUAGGUUUUAAGGUUUAUUUUAAAGAUUCUUAAUUACUCUGUAAAAUAACAAGUUCAUUAUCACAAAUACCCAUAAAACCUGUUCCAAAAAAUGUUUAGAGGCGACAAUUCACAUUCUUUGAGCUAUGAACAACAAUCAAAAUUUAUUCAAGAUAGAAUAACGAAUGUUGAAAAAAAUUUUGGUGAACUCUGCGUUGCGUUCGGCGACUAUACCCGAAAAACUGCAAGAUUACGUGAUAUGGGCGAUGAGCUGACUAAGACUUUAAAAGAUUACGCAAGCAACGAAAUAGUUAACAAAUCUCUAAGCACUGGACUGGAAAACUUGGCCAUUACGCUGACAGCGAUAGAAGAAUAUAGGAAUUGCGAAGUUCAACGUCUUGAAGCAAAGGUAGUUGGAGAACUAUGUCAAUACGAAACCAUUUGUAAGCAUGCCAGGGAGGAAGUGAAACAUACUAUGAAUGUUAGAGAAAAAGAAUUAGCCCGAAAAAAAGUACUCGACAAAGCACGGGAAAGGCAGCCUUUUAACAGACAACAAGUCACUUACGCUGAAUCUGAAUUGCUGAAAGCGUCAGCGGAGAUGACGCGUACAGCCAAAGGUCUCAGUGAACAAACAGAAUUUUUCGAACGCCGAAAGCUACAGCAGCUAAAGACUCUUCUCUCCGACUUUAUCAUGAUCGAGAUGACUUUCCACGGGAAGGCCGUCGAACUACUCACUGUAGCUUAUCAACAAGUACAAGACAUUAACGAUAAGGCUGACCUGGAGGUCAGUAUUAAUACCUUUUUAAAUUGUGUGAAUACUCAGUCUUAUUCUCUAACCAUACUUGACACUCACGAUUUUAAUUACAUUGGUAGGUUUUUCUAUACCACGCAGAAUCGACAAAAAGCAAAACUUUAGAAGAAAACUUCGAUCUCCUGAGAAGCAAGUCAGCACUGGUAUAUCUGCCAGAUCUUCGUCUCUGGCAUCCCUCAUGAAUCAUUCGUCACCUUCGAGGGACGAGGAAGAUGUUAUGAGAUCUUCAAGAAGAAAUAAAUCUCCCGAAAAGAAUUCUAAUCCGGGAAGAUCUAGUUCACUGGCUGCAUUAAUGAACAAUUCGUCAUCAAGAGAAGAUGAAACAACGGAAUCGGAAGAUACCGGUGAUCAAGACUCGUCUGAUGACACUGAAUCCCGCUAAUAUUUAAGCUUUUCUUUAGAUAAUUAAGCAAUAUUUGAGGAACACUAAUAAAAAUGAUCAUUCAAGGCUUCAUCUUCUUAAACAUUUAAUUUCGCGUCCCCUCCGCUUUUUUAUUCAUGAUAUCGGGCUCCUAGAUUGCAUUGCAAAAGACCUUUUCUAGACUUUGUUGAAUUUAUUCCACUCCUAACAAAUACCUCUCGAAGAAUUCAAAGAUCCAAAUCAAAUUACUUCUUUAAAUGAUUUUAAAAAGAAUACCAAUAUACGAACAGUUUCCUUUAUUCAGAAAAAGUAUUAUAAUAUUAGUUAAGGUAGCAGUCUAUUAUAUAGUUGUAUUUAUUUUACCUGCUUUUUCUGAUAUAUUGAUUUUUCCUGUAUUCUGUUCAUACUGAUAUACAAAAAAAAAUGGUUCCUGAAAUUAUUUAUGUGAAACUUAAAUAUAAUUUUAUUUAGAUAUUACAUUGAUAAUAAUUCAUGAACAAAUACCCUUAUCUACAUUUAUACUUAUAAAUUAGGAAUCUAUAAAAGUUAUCAUAUAGAUUUUAGGAAUUCUGAGCCAAUAAAGAAUUUUAAAACAACAAAACCCUAAUUAAUUAUCAUUCAGGAAUUGCCAUUGAAUUGCCCAUCUUGCCAUAAUCACUAUUUCAAUCUUCAACUUAUUUGUAAUAUGUGGAUUGUGUCUGAGUAGUGAUGGGCUAAUUUUGAGUUUUUGAAAUGGCCUGAUUGUUAUCCUUAUGGUCAAAUUGAUUUGUUAAAAUGACAUAACUGAGCCUACAUAUGGUCAAUAUUCCCUUUAUUCAAGAAGGCCCUGAUACCUUAAUUUUUCCACCUUACCUGUGUCCUCAUUGCUAUAGCCCACUGGUGGUACACCAAUUAUUUCCCCAGUAUUCCCAUUUGAGGUACACGGAUAAUAUAAUUCAAAAUGAGUUUUACCUGUUAUCCCACUGCUUAAAUGAAUUUUAACAAUCGGUGGCAGUGAGGGUGAAUAAAAUAAAAAUAACUAUGUUGCAUUAUCUAAAAACUACCAUAGGUUUCAUCAGUGUUCCCAGAAUUUAGCUUUUGGGCUAGAAGUUCCCAUUCUCUUUUGAUGUGAGCAGUUUUACAGUUCAGUUCUCUAAGUGCAUAACAAGAUACCUACAUGCCUACAAGCAAGUCAGUGUACUUCAAUAAAAUUGUAUACAUGAUAAUGAUUGUCAUAAUGAUAAUAUAAGAACCUCACUGAUGGUAAGUACUGCACAUAUCCAAUUUAAAGAAGGAAACUGGAAUUGAUUUAUAUCAGUAACUUGUACCAUGACAUGCUUGGCACACCCCAUCCCUUUUAUGUUAAUCAAUACCAUCAUGUUCCUGAUACAACAUGGUACUAUAUAAAAAGUAUAUAAAAUGAUUGAUGUUCCAUCUGUUCAGCCUAAAUACCAAAAUCCAUAAUUCAUAUUUUUGAAAUUUCACCUAAACUAAUAGAACUGAUAUUUUUUAUGCCAUCUAGAAUUUUAGACAUAGUAUUCAUGAAAAUCUCUAUUGAUUUUAGAGAAACUGGUCCAGUAGUUUAAUUUCAUAAUCAUUUUUCAUAAAUUCUUUAUCUUAAUUUAAUAAAUCAGUAUUUUAUUAUAUUAACCCAGAGAAACAUAAUAGUUUGUUAAUUUGGUUGACAAUGAUGUCGAUUCUGGUAUGAUUCUCUAAAGCUAAACUUAAAUUUGACAACAGUGUAUCUUUGUCAUUCUCUAUACAGAAUGAAAACGACAGACUGAUUUUAAGUUUAGAGAAUCCUGUCUGAAUCAACACCAAUAUCCUAUUUCAAGUAAGGGGUUUAAAAACAUGUAAAAUGUGUUCAACGGGUGAUAAAAUGUUGGCAUUAUAAUAAAGCCAAACUAGCAGUACUAACUUUCAUUUGAACUUAACAUCAGUAGUGCAUCCCAUUCACUUUGUACUUUAACAAAAACUCAGUUGAAUGUAAAAAAAAAGACUGCUUUACCAUUAAAGUUAAUUUACGUAAUCAGAAGAGGAUAACAGAACCUUUUAUGUGAAUUUGUAAUUUAAGAUAGAAAUUUUGCCAUCGCCCCAUAAUGCUAUUACUAAAUAUAGUACUGAUUCGUAAAAUAUACACGCAGGCACUAUCUUUGGGUGAGUGAUAAGUAUGAUUACACUAAGAAUAAAAUCUAAAUUAUCACUACUUUUCAUUUUCCACACCAGCCUGAGUCAUGAGGUCUGUGAUGUUUUUUUCUAGCUCAUCCACUCUAGUACCCAUUUCAUCUAUUCUGCUAAUUAUCUGGUCAGACAUACUUUGGAACUUAUCUUGCAUGUUUUGAAGGAGAGAUUGCACCUGUAAUAAUAUUUUAAAGUUAUAAGAAAAGAACCCAUUCAAGACUUCAUUGAUGUACCUCGAGUGAUCUGUGUAUUAAAUUUGCACAAUUAUAUUAGAAAAUAAUCUUUCAUAAAUGUGUGAUUCUGGUGAACAAAUAUAAAUAAAAUAUGAAAUAACACAAUAGUUACAAUAGGUAACUUACGUAUUGUGUGACUUCUUGCAUAUUUUUGGGAUCAUUUGCAGGGGUAGAAUAAUUGCUUUCCACUUCAUUAGUAGCAGGUUCUGUAUUCUGCAAAUUCUGUUCCGCCAUUAUUUAUUUUAGUAAAGUUUAGAGGGGUACCUGCUUAAAUCUUUCUCAGUAUAAUAAUCACAGACUACACAGUCACUGCGAGAAGAAGGAAGCUGUUUAGAAUUGUGUUUAGAUAGUAUUAGUUCCAUAGACUACUUAGAUCUUAGAUUAGUACGUCAGUACGUCUUUACGUCACGCUCACGCAAACGUCAAGCUUUACG